UUCUUCUUCUUCUUCUUCUUCAACCUCGGAAAACCAGAAACCAUCAGAGAGUCCAUAACCACACCAUCCAUGGCUCUAUCAUCACUUUCCAACCCCAACCCAUCAUUUCCAUCCAAUCCAUCUUUCACUAAUCCCACAAAAAUACCAUCUUUCUUCAACCUCAAAACACCCAUCCAUUUCUCUUCUUUUCCUCUCCAACAAAGACAACCCAAGAAAAUCUUGAAAACCCCAAACUGCAGGAAUCCCAGAACCGAUAUGGUUGAUCCUGUGGUUUUCUAUCUCAAUAACAUCAAGAAAAAAGAAACUGAAAAACAAGAUAGGAAUCUUAAUGGGAUUCAGAAUUUGUUGAAUCUUUGUGGGUUUGGGUAUUGGGUGCAAGGAUUUAGAUGUUUUCCAUGGCUAGCCCUAAAUUUCCAUAUGGCCAACAAUUUGAAUCUCAAUCCUUCAACAUUGCAGCUAGUGCAGAAUUUUGCUAAUCUUCCAAUGGUUGCAAAACCCUUUUAUGGAAUCUUGUCAGAUGCUCUCUUCAUUGGUGGAUCCCAUAGGUUGCCCUACAUUUCCAUUGGAGUUUUGCUGCAGGGGAUUUCUUGGGGUUCUAUGGCAUUGAGCCCAAUGGCUAGUCAAGCUCUACCCAUUCUAAUGGCAUGUGUUCUUCUCAGUAAUCUUGGAGCAUCCAUUACAGAAGUUGCUAAGGAUGCCCUUGUUGCUGAAUAUGGUCAAAAGAACAAGAUUAAUGGUCUUCAAUCUUAUGCUUUCAUGGCCUUAGCUGCUGGUGGAGUUUUAGGCAAUUUUCUAGGUGGAUUUUUCCUUUUAAGAACACAUAAACCGAAAUCCAUGUUCUUGAUCUUUGCAUCUUUGAUGUCUUUCCAACUGGUGUUAUCUCUGAAAACAAGAGAAGAAUCUUUCGGUUUGCCUCAUUCUUCAAAUCAUCAUGAAUCGAUCAUAUUGAAUAUUAAGAAACAAUCUUCUGAUCUAAUGAUCGCGAUCAGGGAUGAUGGUAUCUUCCGGUCACUUUCUUGGGUUGUUGCUUCAAUUGCUAUGGUUCCAAUCUUAUCUGGUUCUAUAUUUUGUUACCAAACACAGUGUCUGAAUCUUGAUCCUUCUAUUAUUGGAAUGUCGAAAGUUAUGGGUCAAUUACUGCUGUUAACUGUAGCUGUUGUCUAUGAUCGCUGCUGGAAAACCAUCUCAAUGAGGAAACUGAUUGGAACUGUACAAAUACUAUACGCGUCUUCCCUGCUUCUUGAUCUUGUUCUUGUGAAGCAAAUCAAUCUGAAAUUCGGAAUCCCGAACCACAUCUUUGCUGUUUGCAUUUCGGGUGUGGCAGAAAUGAUUGCACAGUUCAAGCUCCUGCCUUUUCAAGUCCUUUUCGCAAGUUUAGCCCCUGCAGGCUGCGAAGGAUCGCUCAUGUCUUUCUUGGCCUCGGCCCUGUGUUUAUCGUCAAUUUGUAGUGGAUUUUUGGGGGUCGGAAUGGCGUCUUUUCUUGGAAUAACAUCAGCUGAUUACUCCAACCUUCCUUUGGGAAUCAUGAUACAGUUUUUAGCAGCAUUAGUGCCAGUAUUUUGGAUUCAGAAUGUACCCACUUCACAACCUGCAGAUGAGAAGGAAAAGAAGACAGGUUUGAGUAAAAGGAGGAGAAAGACCAGAAGGGUUGGAAGAGUGGUGUUCAAUAUGGUUUUUGUGUAUCGAAGAGAACGAGAAUCCGAGGCUCAGAGAUAAAACUAUAUGAAUCAAGAAAAUCUUUAGAAAUAACACUUGUAGCACAGAGGAUUAUGGUGGCAAUAAAGGAUUAUAACUGGAGGCUGGAAGAAUUUGCUGAAGAGUGAUAACUGAAGUUAGGCUAGGAUUUCAGGAUUAACUUGUUUACAGUAAGCAUACAUGUAAAAUAAUGUUGAAUUUUUUUAUUCACAUAUGAAUUCCAUCAGAUUCAAAUUUGUUGCAUGGUAUAUAUAAGAGGAUAUAUCCACAUACAAACCAAA